CCUCUUUGCCAAAACCGCGGCGUGUGUGACAGUACAAUACUUCAGUGUUCGGGGGAAACGUGGCAGGGCUAAAAUCCUCCGGGCAUGAAGGGUCUGGAGGGCCGGCGGCGGGUCUGACAUCUGUCCUCCGGCAGCCGCGCGGGUCGAGAUGGACUUCGUGCUGAGCGGCGUCGCGGCGUGCGGAGCGUGUCUGUUCACCAACCCGCUGGAGGUCGUCAAGACGCGGAUGCAGCUGCAGGGAGAGCUGAAGAGCCGAGGCUCCUACCAGGUCUACUACCGGAACGUCUUCCACGCCUUCUACACCAUCGCUAAAGUGGACGGACUGGCGGGGCUGCAGAAGGGACUCGUGCCCGGCUUGUGCUACCAGUUCUGUAUGAAUGGAGUCCGGCUGGGCUCGUACGCCAUCAUCGAGACCUCUGGCUACAUCCACACCGACGGAAGGGUCAGCGCGGUCAAAACCACCGUGGCAGGGGCCGUGGCUGGAGUGGUGGGAGCUGUGAUGGGAAGCCCGGUGUAUCUGGUGAAGACUCAUCUGCAGAGUCAGUCUACCUCCACUAUUGCUGUUGGGCAUCAGUACAAACACCAGGGGAUGGUUCAUGCUCUGAGAGCCAUCUACAUGGAGCACGGCAUUCUGGGACUGUGGAGGGGCUCCAGUGCUGCCGUGCCCAGGGUCAGCGUGGGGUCGGCCACUCAGCUCUCCACCUUCUCCUCCUCCAAGGAGCUCGUCAUUGACCUGCAGGUGUUCCCGCGGGACAGCUGGCUGGUGGCUCUGACCGCCGGCAUGAUCAGCAGCGUGGUCGUGGUGCUUUGCAUGACGCCCUUCGACGUGGUGAGCACGCGGCUCUACAACCAACCGGUGGAUCAUCUGGGCAAGGGGCAACUUUACAAAGGCUUCACUGACUGCUUUUCUCAGACUCUGAAGAAGGAGAGCCUGGCGGGACUCUACAAAGGCUUGGGAGCCUCUUAUUUCCGACUCGGUCCACAUACCAUCCUGUCCUUGUUCUUCUGGGACGAACUGCGCAAAUUGUACCGGCAGGUCAGAUAACACCAGGGACGAGGGUACGUCAUUACCUUUUGAGCGCAUGGGUUAAAUUAGUCCUCAUUUAAUGAGCUGAAGAAGACACCGAACUCCUCUGAUACUGACGGGGAAAGAGGCGAAGCAGCAUUUUACACUCCAGGAAGGAAACGCGUGGCAGUCAGAGCUCCAUUCAGAGGAUUCACCGUUCGUGCACUUGAAUUUGUCUCGAGGCGUACAGUGUGCUGUCACAUCAAAACAUCAAACAUCCUCUUUUAGAGCACCCGCACUCUUUGUUUCUGCCAUUCCGUGUCAUUUAAAAUGAUCAGUUUUUUUCUAGUUUUUGAAGAAAUCACAUGUGAUUUUUCGUUUGGAAGCUCGAACUGAAUAAUUUUUAACAGAUCACAGGUCAGCAGUGAGGAAAAAUUCAACAGCGAUGAGCUGAACAUUUCCUAAGAUACCUGAUAGAUGCGUGUGUAAAACGAAUCAGAUAAAUAUAGGGUUUUUUUUUUUUUACCAUGGACAUACUUGUAUAGGUAUAAACAAGCCAAACAGCAGUUAUAAACUACAAUGCUAGUUAAGUUUCUACUUUAAUGUUUGCAGCAGAGGAAGAACUGUGUUUCUGAGACUUUUUGUGGGCCUCAUGUUCAAAGCAAAACGUUAUCAGAGAAACCGCCUAAACAGAAUGUGGGAGUUUGACAGGGAUGAGGGAAACUGCCCCACUUCUUUCACUCUGUCUGUUAGUUCUGUUUCUCUUCACUGUCAUGCUUUCUGGUUUCAAAUCUUUCAGGAGAGAUCAAGAAAAAGGCUGUACUGAUUUUUAACUAAGUAUCUCUCUCCAUUGAAGUGAAAGUGUUAACAUAGUAUUUUAUUGUUGAGUGAAAAUUUGUCCUUUUAUAGCCGCACUAGUAAUUCAUCCUGUAGCAGAAAGCAUUAAAGAAGUAAAAGGUGUUUGUAUAAAAACAGCAUUUGUCAAAAACUAAUGUGAAACUAGUGUGAAUUCACUGGAAGUUUAACCUCAGUGUUGAGGCCUGUGACUGUAAACGUGACUCUCGGCUGUCUGGAGGCGUCCUGUACUCUGGCGGCGCCACUGCUUCCGCCUGCCUCUGACUACUCAGCUGUUUCGAAACACAAUGUGCUCUCCGGCUGACCUUUACUCAGGGUCACGACAUCUUCACACCGUCAUUCAUCGGUGGCCACAACAUGCAAAGCUUUGCCUUUUGCAUUGUGAAAAGAAUUUUUUUUCCAUUAUUCCACACAGAAAAAGGUAUUUUAGCACAUCGAGCCCUGUGAUCCAAAAUGAGAAUGUAAUAAAUCAAAUUCUGUCGAGCCAAGUUUAUGACUUAAAGUUGUAACGAAUUGGACGUAAAGAGGAAGCAUUCGAACAGACAUUACUGUUUUAUCAUAUUAAGCCCAUAAAAGGCAACAAACAAAGUUUGCUUUCUGAUUCCAAUCGUGCAGCUAAAACAGUCCGCUCAUUAAAAAUGAAAUCUUUUGGACUCUAAUGUAAAAUUUCUUUCUCGUGUUGGUGCCUCCUUGAUGAAGUGCAGGAUUAAAUAAGAGGUCAUGAACUCUCUAUGUGACAGCACACUGCUUUUGUCUUCAGACAUGAUAAAUGUACUGUAUACUGCUCCAUUUCACUCCCACAACACUCCCAAGAAGAAGAAUGUUACUUGAGUUUAUUUCCUCUAAAGUUUGGGCCUCUGGCAUCCCGGCCAGCGAGGAGGUUCAGGAUGCAGAAAAAGAAAAAAAAACAGUGUUACAUGAAGACAUAGAGGAGGAGAGUGUUGGAAGAAGACGAUCCUCUGGGGAAACUCUGAACCAAAAGUGCCCAAAGAAGAAGAAAAAUAGUUUUAAUUUCCUUUAUAAAUAGAAUAUUCCAACACAAUCAGGUAGUCAUUUUUAAUGUUUGUAAUGAAAUCGUUUUUUUCUGUUGUAAUUGUCUCCGUUGUUACUAGAAACACUGUGAUUGAUUUCUCAAAGGAUCUGUAUCAUCAAAGUGAACUUAGUUUGGAUUACAUUGAGUAAAUUUGGUCAAAGUGGAUGAGAUUACUGUAAGUUUCGAACUGUGGUAGACAUGUCGUGGAAUAAUCCUCCCUUUUACGUACGAGGCUGUGAAAGUCCUCCAGAUGGCGUUUGAAGUGACUUCUAAACACUUUGUGCCAAAAUUUAUCUUGAAACUGCUCUUAACGGCUGCCUUUUCACCACACACCCAUGUGAAACCUGAUCAAACGGGUUUGGACUGACGCCCCUGCCCAGUUCUUACUGAACCUGACUUUAGUGAAAAGAGGAGAACUCGCUUGCUUCGUUUGCAGUUGUUUCCCUCCCAGCCUCACGGCCCUUCUGUGUGUGAAGCAGUAAUGAUGAAUGUUACGUGCAGAACAAUAUAUUUCCUGAAUGUGUUUGAGCGUGCACUUCCUGUCAUUUGUUCUGAACACGUGUGCCGUGGACAUGAAGGGAAAAGAAACGAUUAAAACGUGUUAC